ACCCCACAAAAAUCAUUGAAGAAUCUCUUACUCUCUCUCUAAAGUUGAUGUAAAAUAGCAACUCUGAGAGUGAGAACUCCCCAUCUUCUCUCUUCAAAGCUUGAAAUGGACCAAAUUGAGCACAAGUACAUAGAAGUGAAUGGUCUGAAGCUUCACGUAGCUGAGAUUGGAACUGGGUCGUCGUCGGUGGUGGUGUUCCUUCAUGGGUUUCCUGAGAUAUGGUACUCUUGGCGUCACCAGAUGAUAGCCGUCGCCCACGCCGGCUUCAGAGCCAUCGCACCUGAUUACAGAGGGUACGGACUCUCCGACCCACCCCCGGAACCUGAAAAGGCCAAGUUCUCUGACCUCUUUACUGAUCUCCUAGCAAUUCUGGAUCGUCUCAGUCUUUCAAAGGUGUUUCUCAUUGCUAAAGACUUUGGAGCUCUGGUUGCAUACGGAUUUGCUCUUCUCCACCCAGAAAGGGUCUCAGGAGUCGUAACAAUGGGUGUGCCAUUCAUGCCCCCACAACCUCUUGCAUAUCAUGAAGAACUCCCCGAAGGCUUCUAUAUUUCAAGAUGGAAGGAACCUGGACGAGCUGAAUCUGAUUUUGGUCGUUUUGAUUCAAAGACGGUUGUGCGCAACAUCUAUAUCAUGUUCUCCAAAUGUGAAAUACCAAUAGCACAGGAAAACCAAGAGAUCAUGGAUUUGGUGGAACCAUCUCAUUCUCUACCCCCUUGGUUCACAGAGGAAGAUCUUACAGCCUAUGGAGCUUUAUAUGAGAAAUCCGGAUUCCAAACUGCCUUGCAAGUUCCUUACAGGUCAUUUAGUGAACUGUUGAACAUACCAGAUCCAAAAGUUGAAGCUCCAGCACUGUUCAUCAUGGGUGAGAAGGAUUAUGUCUUCAAAUUUCCUGGAAUGGAGGACUACAUAGUGAAUGGAAAGGUGAAAGUGUAUGUUCCCAAAUUGGAGAUAAUACUGGUGCCUGAAGGAACCCAUUUCAUUCAAGAGCAAUUCCCAGACCAGGUUAAUCAGCUUAUACUGUCCUUUCUCAAUAACCAUAGUUGAUGAACAAGCUUUCAAUAGAGGUUUAUCUUUAUGAAAGGUUCGUCUUUGUUAUAAGAGUGAUUGGAAAAAACUGUGUACUCCAAAGUUUCGUUAUCGGACGUAUCCUAUUGUAAUAUUCUGCUUGUAUUGGACGAAUAUGUAUUGUAUCUUGUAUCGUACAAGACGAUGCAAAAAUGAUACAAAAAUACGAUUCAUGUCGUGUUUUUUAUGUAUCACGUAUUAGUAUCGAUAACUAUGCUCGAAACUGCUUUGUACCCUCUUAUAAAUAGUAAGUCUCAAUUUAUGAGGUGAUAUACUAUUGAGCAAAACUGAGUGAAAAGUGUAAUAAAGACGCUUUAGAUUCAUAUUUGAUAUAUAUGUUGGGCA